AUGCUUGGUCUUGGUGACUAUGAGAGCAGCAGUGAGGAAGAGGCAGAGCGCAAGGGUCCUUCACCCAGCUCUCAGCGCAACAAGGAUAUUCCACCUAUAGCCUCACAAGCUGGCCAGAACGAAGGUCAUAAACCAUCUCUCCAUCAACCAAAAGAGACACGCUCUCAUGUUGCGACCGAUUCAGUCCCAGAAGGACCCGUCCUUGGCCCCGCUGCUAUCGACAUGGCGCCCCUCUCGGAGGACAAGCAUUCGACAAGUGGACGCUCAUCGCCCUUCUCGGCUUCACGAAGUCUCAUUCAAGACCUCACUCUCCCUCCCGUUCCCAAUCUAGACAUCCCACCAUCACCUCCCGGGUCUCCUAACCCAGCCGCAAACGCGAAAUUCGAGCAUUUCCUCUCGCUCAAAAAGCAAGGCGUCCACUUCAACUCAAAACUAGCCAGCUCGUCGUCGCUCAAGAAUCCAACCCUGUUGAAGAAGAUGAUGGAACAUGCUGGGAUCAAUGAGCAAUCACAAUAUGACACAUCGCUGCCAGCCGAUCUAUGGCAUCCCUCCAAUCUGCCCAAAUGGGGUUUCAAGGAAGAGCUCCUGAGGACCCAACAAGAGUUGCGUAAACAAUCGGAGGAGAAAAAGGCACCUGGCCAGCGAAGCUCGGUUGAUUUUGUCACUGGAUCUGCUUGA